AUGUCAUUUAAAGUAAAUUGGAAUUCAUUAGAAACUGAACCGUUAACUAAUUGGACAAAAGAAUUAUUAACAUCAGCAUUAAAUUCUGGUAAAUCACCCAAUAUACUAGCAUCAAAUAUCACUAUUAAAGAUUUGAAUUUUGGUAAGAUUGCUCCUGAUUUUGAAAUAUUAGAAAUUGGUGAAUUAGAUCGUGAUAGAUUUAGGGGAAUCUUCAAAAUUGAUUAUCAAGGUGAUUUCCAUUUGACAUUACAUACCAAAGUUCAAGCAAAUCCAUUGAAUAUUUAUUAUCAUAAUAGUUUAGAAAAAGAGGUUUGUAAUUGUACUCAAGAUGAAUUCAUUACUCCUAAUUUCUUAUUGAGUAAUGAACAAUUUGCCAUCCCCUUGGAUUUAAAAUUGAGUGAUAUUAAAAUUAAUGGUAUUGGUAUCAUUGUAUUUUCCAAAUCAAAAGGGUUAACAUUAGUAUUUAGAAAUGAUCCAUUAGAUUCGAUAAAAGUUAGUUCAACAUUUGAUACCGUUCAAGUAUUGGCAAAUUUCUUACAAAAGCAAAUUGAAAAUCAAAUCCGUGAUUUAUUUAGAGAAACAUUACCUACUUUGAUUCAUCAAUUAUCAUUAAAAUAUUUAAGUCUUGAUAAUAAUAUUAAUGAAAUUAAAAGUAAAUUAUCACAACAAGAUUCAGUUUCAAUGACAAAUAAUGAAUUAGCUUCAAGUUUGAAAUUAUUUGAUGAUGAAGAAAAUGAAUUCCCCUUGAUUUAUUCGAGUAAAAAUUUACAGAAAAAUAUGCAAUUAUUUAAAUCAAGAGAAACUUUUAGAUUAAGUGUUCCUAAAUUUAAAAAUAUUGUCCAAAGAACUCGUUUAGAUAAAUUUACUAAAAGUUAUCCUAAUUUAUUAAAUUCAUUGUAUGCAAACAAUGUUGAUCUUCAACAUAGAUAUGUUAAUAAUAUCAACCACAACAACAACAAUAAUGCAAGUUCUACUGGUAUUCCUAUUGAGUUAUUACUAAGCCAUGAUGAUAAACAACACUAUGAUAAAACUGAUAGUUUAUUAAAAGAUAUUUCAUCUAUUCAAGCCAACAAUUUUUACAAGUAUAGUAAUAAAGAUGCUCCAACCAAACCUAAGAGAAGAAGAAUCAAAGUACAUAAGAAGAAUAAGAGCAAACAUGAUGAAACCACCACCACCACCAGCAAACCCUCAGAGUUACAAAAUGUUGAUAAUACUUUUAUGGAGUCAAGAUCUAUUAGUCCACAAGAAACUAUUGAUACCGUAUCAACAUUAAUAGAAAGUGUACCAAUGACACGUAAUGUAUCAUCAAAUAUCAAAUCACCAACUUUAGAUACGUUGUCGACUGGUUCUUCUAGUGCUGCCUCAUCACAAGUUAUCGCUCAUCCUACACCAAAACGUGCAUAUCAACCAAAUGAUACCACUACCGCUGCUACUACUACUCUUAACAAGGAAAAUCAUAUUGAUUAUAUUAAAGCUCGAAAUUUAUAUCAAGAUUUCAUACAAAUGAGUCAAUCACCAGGAUAUUAUGAUAAAGUUAUUAGUAAUGGUGGUGGUAUUGGAUUAGGUAAUAAUAAUGGUGGUAACUAUUUUGGAUUAGAACGUACCAUUAGUUCAUCACCAAUUAAACAUUUGAAUAAAGAUAAAAAAUCCAUUAAUUAUAUUGAUACUAGUAAAAUUAAUGAAAAAUUGAAUCAAUUUAGAUUUGAUGGAGGGAAAAAUAACAAUACUAAUGAUAAUAAUAGUAAGAAUUUCCGUCCUGGUUUUACUAGAAAUGAAUCAAAUGGUCAACAAGGAAUAUUAUUUGAAGCAUUUAAUUUUCCAUCAAUGACGGCAGCAGCAACACCUCCACCACCACCACCAUAUUGUUAA